AUGUGUGGUGGGAGAACCGUCAGACCGAGCCCUAAAAAACCAGCGACAAAGAAGAAAAUCCCAAAGACAGCUACUUCCAAGAUCACAAAAAAAGCAACUCCAAAGAAAUCGGUCGCUGCUCAAAAGAAGACCCAACAGGAUAAAAAAAAAAAAGGACAAGCAUCGAAGAAAGUCGUCUCACCAUUGAAACCAGCGGAAAAAAAGGUCCGUCAGACGUUCAAUUCAAACAAAAAUGCCUAA